CGGCUGGUCGACGUGGUUGUCGGCCCGGACGCGUAUCGUGACCUGCCGCGGCUGCUCGCGCAGGCCGAGGAGCGCGGGCGGCGAUCAACGUGAUGCUGAGUGCGGACGAGACGUACGCCGACAUUGCGCCUGUGCGCGCGGAUCCGGGGGCCAAGUCUGCCUUUGUCUCGAUUGCGCGCGGGUGCAACAACAUGUGCGCGUUUUGUAUUGUGCCGCGGACACGCGGUCGCGAGCGGUCGAGGCCGAUGGCGUCGAUUUUGCGCGAGGUGGAGGCGCUGGCGGAGCAAGGCGUGCGCGAGGUGACGCUGCUCGGGCAGAACGUCAACUCGUACGCGGACCUGUCUGCGGCGCCUGCGCCGGGUUUUGAGACUUUUGAGCUCUCGUCGGGCUUCUCGUCGAUUGUCAAGCGCGAUCAGGGCGGCGUCCGGUUUGCCGAGCUGCUGCAGGCGGUGGCGUCCGUCGAUCCCACGAUGCGCGUCCGGUACACCUCGCCGCACCCGCAGCAUUUUCCGGAGAAGUUGCUGCACGUCAUGGCGGAGACAGCAAACGUAUGCAACUCGAUCCACAUGCCGGCGCAAUCGGGCUCGGACAAGGUGCUGCAGUCGAUGCGGCGCGGGUACACCUUUGACUCGUACAUGGAGCUCGUGGGUCGGAUCCGCGACAUUGUGCCGGGAGUGCAUCUCUCGUCGGAUUUUAUCGCCGGCUUUUGCGGCGAGACGCAGGCCGACCACGAGCAGACGCUGCGGCUGAUGAACGAAGUGCAGUAUUCCAAGGCGUACAUGUUUGCCUACUCGAUGCGCGAGCGGACGCACGCGCACCGCAAGCUUGUCGACGAUGUGCCCGAGGAGGUGAAGAAGGCGCGGCUGGCCGAAGUCAUCCAGACGUUUCAGACCAAUGCUGCAGAGCUGCAUGCGCGCGAGUCGGGGAGCAGGCAUGUGGUCCUCGUUGAGGCGCAGUCAAAGAAGCGGGCUGGAGGGCUGGUGGGGCGGACCGACUCGAACCUGACGGUUGCGUUUGACGGGAGCAGCGCGCUGGCACAGCUGGACGGGCCGGGAGUGGCGCCGCGGGCACCGCAGCUCGGCGACUACGUGCAGGUUGAGAUCGAGAGCACCGGCUCGCACACCCAGCUCGGCCGCGCCAUCGGACUGCAGAGCGUGCCGUGGGUGGUGUCAGUUUAGAGUGUUUCAGCGGAAGAUGGCCGGCGGCAGCGAGGCUGUGUGGCGGUGGCCGGACUGAGUCGGGCGGGACGCCGAACGGGAGCUCGGAUUGGUGUCUGUAGCAAAGGGUACAAAGUCGCCAGUGGUCCAGAUGCGGCUGCGCGAGACGCGGUGCCACUUGGAGUGUGAAUACUUUUCCCACACGCCCUGAAGCUGGGCCGACGGCUCGUUGGCAAGCACUCCGGUGAGGUCCAGAAUACAAGCCUGGAGGUCAUCGGAGGUGAAGCCCGAG